AUGGCUAUGGCUUUGGCUUCUCUAUCUCCGCUCGCCAGAGCUCUGCCUCAAUUGCCCCGGUUCGGCUUCCUUUCUACGGCCAUCGCUCUGCCCGCCAUCUCUAUCACCGUUCCGCCGAUACUCUCCGACCUCUGGGAAUCUGUCCUCCGCGCCGUUCCGAAGAAGAAGACUUCUCAUAUGAAGAAGCGCCAUCGUCAAAUGGCCGGAAAAGCUUUGAAAGAUGUCCAGGGUCUCAACAAAUGUCCCGGCUGUGGUCAGGUCAAGCGAGCACAUCUGCUGUGCCCCAAUUGCGUGAAAGACAUCAAGGAAUCCUGGAAAUCGCUUCAAACCGCAUAA